UUGCAACGGCGCAAAAGGAAGCUCAGAGUGUCGACAGCCUGGAUUCGAGUCAACGCGAGAAAGCUCGUGGUGGAAAUGUAUCCGGACGACCCGCGUGCAAAAAACUUUUCAACGUCGGACCGGUGGUGCAGGAAGUUUGCGAAGCGCCACCAUCUUUCGAAACGAAGGCGCACAAACAUGAAGCACAAUUCGGUGGAGGGCCGUCUUCCGCAGAUGAAGAGCUUCCACAGGAGGCUGCGCCAGCUGCUGCAGGAACCACCCGUUUGCCGGGCCGCUGCUGGGGGCGCCGCCGAGAACAACGGCGCUGCGAUCGUUCCUGUGGAAUCGCCCCUUUACGGGCGCUUCAGCCUGAAUGCGCGUUUCAACGUCGAUCAGUUUGGGCUCGCAUUCGUCAACGGCCUCGACUCGACAUGGGACGAGACGGGAGCUUUGCGAGUGCAAAUUGGGCAGCCGUUCCCUGAUCUUGAGAAGCGACAGUGCACCGUCAAUUGUUGCAUCGGAGCUGGUGACAAGUUGAUGCGGACCGCAGUCAUUUUCCGCGACAGAGGCAAAAUCUCGGCGGUGGAGAAGGCGGCGUAUGACCCCGACGUGCACGUGCUGUUCCAGGAGAACGCGUGGAUGGACGGCCCAACGUGCAUGGCGUGGGCAAAAAAGGGGGAGGAAGGUGUCGUUCCAAAGGAGCAGUCCAUCCUUUCCGCGGACAACCUGCACGCGCAGACAACGGUCGAGUUCAAGAAAUUUCUUCACGGCGAGUGCAACAUGCUGCUGCGGCUACUUCCCCCCAAAUUGACCGACGAACUCCAACCGGUCGAUGCCGGCUAUGGACGCCUCCUCAAAGGCGAAAUCGGUAACGAGCUGGAUGAAUUUCUUGGGCACGAGGAAAACCUUUGCCUGUGCGAGACCAACAAGCUUUCAGCUGGUGCAAGGCGAAUCCUUUUCACGCGAUUCAUUGCAAGGGCGGUCGCGCGAAUGUACGUUCGGCCUGGGCCUGUUCGACAAGACCGGACUGGCGAUGACGGCAGACGGGUUAUUGGACGACCGCAUCACUCUGGAGGGUGUAGUUGGGGCGUACAACUUCAUGGACGGGGGCAGGAGCAGUGCGAGGAGAUGCCCGACCAGGAUGAUGAGGUAGGCGACGACGAUGGGGGGGGAAGCGGUGGCGAAUCAAGCUGCGACAGCGAUACAAGCGCAGAUGAUGAUGGUGAUAACCACGGCGAUGUUCAAGACCCCCGGUCACAGCAAGACAGCGACGAUGACGUCGACUCCGACCGUGACAUCAUCGCGAUGGAGCUUCCGGUCGGAUUCCGUCUUCAAGAGUCUCCUCCAGAAAAACUGGAUCGCGCAUUGGUUAAGCGUUGCGUGUUCUUGAGGCGGGGUAUGGGGUGGUUCUUGGGGCAGAUCAGCCGGGCAGCGCCCCCCCAAACUAGCCACACGUACGACUACCGCGUGGUUUUAGCGUACGAUCAAAGCACCAUCAGUGUGAAGAUGCCUCUAGAUGCAUACGAUGUAGACGAGGCGAACGCAGCCGUAGGAGCGUGGGCGUUGAUCGAGCCGAUCGACGAUUCGAAUGAGCCGGCGGGGGGGUGUGAGGGUGAACAGCCACGCCGGCAGGGCAGUAGGGCGCGAACCCCCAACGUUCGCAACAUUGACCAACCGGGAUAGAGCAUGCCGAGUUGUGACAACUUCACCAAUCGAUUUCGAAGGGCGUUAGGGAUAUGCGGAGUAUUUUGUCCGCACGCACAUUAGCACAAUGACUUUGCGCUUCUUCUUUUUUUUCAGUUCAGUACCGCCGGGUGUCGUGCAAGCAUGCACCCCGCGGGUAGUGCAAAGCUUCGUGGCUGGACAAGGAAAUAGGGAUUAUAAGAGAUCGUGCAAUCUGCACGGUGGCGAAAAUAUAGGAAAUGGCGAAAUAAGAAAUCAUGCAGUUCUCGUCGGGGAAAAAUAGAAAAUGCCAACAUAAGAGUUCAGCUCACUAUUGCUGCGGCAAUAACAUUUGAGCCUCAGCUGAAAUAGGUGUUUCUUACAAGUGGGCCGGCACUG